AUGAAGACAACAUCUUUCUUUCUCCUUGCAACCCUCGUCUCGAGCGGCCUUGCUCUGAGCAUCCCUUUGAGACUGCCAUCGAGUCUCGACAGUCGGGCCGAAACACACAACGCCAUCGCGCCAGAAGACAUACUCAACCCCGUUGUUCGACCACGAGAGUGUGAGGAGCCAGCUGAGCCCGCAGAACCGAGCGAGGCGGAUAGGAAGAAGGGUGCCAAGAGACCAGCGAGGCCUUCGCGACCUACAAAAUGCUGA